AUGAUCGAGGAUCCAACUGAGCAUGUUGUCACCCAGUUGACACACAUUAUUAUCGUGGCAGUACGUCAAUUGUUUGAAACAACCGACUUCUAUCAAAAAGUGCCAAAAAACAGGAUGUUUGUGAAUGUGAACGAUGCUGUUAUCCAAGCCCUGAAAGAACAACGGGAACGCUUUCCUGAGCAUAAUAUUAAAAUGGACAUUUCUGAAGCUCGAGCCCAAGUUUCCAAGGAUCCGGUCGCACUAUCACCAGCUCAGCGUACCGAAAUCAUCACCAACGUCCACGAAGAGCGGGAAGAGCUGACUCAGAGUCCCGUUACUCCUUCCACGCAGGAUUUAUCAAGUGGCAACAGAAAGGGAAGUGCACAACCAAAGAAAAGCACAAAGAAAAAUGAAAAGAAGAAAAAGGAAGAGAUUUCGGCUGACAAAAAGAAGAAGGAAGAGCCAGCAAAAAAGGAAGACAAGAAAAAAGACGACGGAAAGAGGGUAUGA